AUGGAAAUACGCAAGUGGGAGGAUUUACCAGAGGAUUGUCUAGCGAAUGUGUUUAGAAGGGUGGGCAUGGAGUCACUGCUAUUGGAUGUUCCCUUUGUGUGUAAGUCUUGGUACAGAGCCACCCUUAAUCCUUUCUGCUGGGAACGCCUUGAUUUUUAUAAUAUCAUGUUUGCUCCAAAAGACUACUUAUUCUAUGUAAUCUUCGACGAUGACGGUGUCCGAAUGGUUCACAGAUUAAUGGUUGAAUACAGAAUAAAAGAAUUUUCUGUCGAUUCUAUGAUCAAAUUUCUUGCCAAUCGUAGCAGUGGAAAUUGCAUUGUGCUCGAUCUUCCGGCGAAUGGCUGCAGGGAAGAGGUUUUCAGAUUUGUUAUUGAUAAAUGUCCUGCCUUGAGAUGCUUGUCAUUUUCUUGCAAUCUUUUCAAGACUGAUCAUCUGUCCAUUAUUCAAGAGUUGAUAGAGAAGUGUAAACAUCUGGAAUUCCUGAAUAUUUUAGACUUUACAGUUUCAAAUUUGAAAGAAAUAGUAGCCAAAAUAGGCCGUAACUGCCAACAUAUAAGGGGUUUAGGUGCUCCUUUUGCAUAUAUUGGUGAAGAGGAGGCGGCUGCCAUUGUCACAAAUCUUCCUAAUAUUAAUUACCUGGUUCUAACGCAUUCACGCAUCGACCGAAAAGAUCUGGUGGAGAUACUGCAGGGCUGCAAGCGCCUCUUUCAUCUGGAUGUAAGCAACUGCAGCGGAUGCAAGAUCGAUGACAAAUUACUAGAGCUGGCUUCACAUAUUCGUACAUUCAAGUACGAGGGUGUAAUUGAUGGAUUUCCUCAUGAAGAUGACUUUGAGUUUUGGGAUGGCUACAAUUCUGCCUGA